UUAUAAUACAUUAAGUUAAGUGCACAGAACUUUCGGAAAUAUGAUCGUUUCUCCUCUCCUCGCCCUUUGUUUGCUGAAAGCAGUGUUGGGUAUCACUCCGAUGGGCUCAGUGAUGCCACAGGACCCCAUCCUGACCAUAGGCUCCUCGCUGAGCGCGACCUGUGCUGUGACGUCGGAAUCAAAGAUCAAGUCUCGGGACCUCUUCUGGACCUUAAACGGCAGGCAGAUCCCAGCCGAGCUGUGCAGAGUCGUCAAUGAGACGGCACUCCGGGUCACACUGCGCAACCUCAACGGGUCUCAGCAGCAAUCCGGCGACAACCUGGUGUGCCACAGGGCCGAUGGCAGGAUCCUGGCAGGGUCGUGUCUCUACGUGGGCUCGCCUCCUGAGAAACCAACCAACAUAACCUGUUGGUCCAAAAACACCAAGGACCUGACGUGUAAGUGGCUGCCCGGUGGAGAAGGAGAGGCAUUCCUGAGAACCCGCUACACCCUGAAAUAUAAACUAAGGUGGUACGGCAGAGAGAAGGAGUGCUCGGAGCCGGGUGUGGCUGGGGUCUAUUCCUGUUAUAUUCCCAGGGAUCUCGCUCUCUUCACUCCCUAUGAAAUCUGGGUUGAGGCGUCGAAUAAGCUGGGCUCUGCGGCUUCUGAAAUCAUCUCCCUGGACAUCCUCGAUGUGGUUACUACAGAUCCUCCGUCCGACGUGCGGGUGAAUCGUGUGGGUGACCUGGAGGACCAGCUGGGUGCCCGCUGGAGCUCCCCUCCCGCCCUGAAGGAUUUUCUGUUUCAGGCCAAAUACCAGAUCCGCUACCGGGUCGAGGACAGCGUUGAGUGGAAGGUGGUGGACGACAUUGGGAACCAGACGUCCUGUCGCCUGGCCGGGCUGAGGCCGGGAACCGUCUACUUUGUGCAGGUCCGGUGUAAUCCCGUGGGGAUUUACGGCUCCAAGAAAGCCGGAAUCUGGAGUGACUGGAGCAGCCCCACCGCUGCCUCCACCCCCCGCAACGACCGUGCCAGCGGAGCCUGUUAUCAGAAGAGCCGGGAGCAGGGCUCGAACCUGCGGCGAGAGCUCAAGCAGUUCUUCAGCUGGGUCAAGAAACACGCCUACGGCUGCUCCGCCCUCAACAUCAAGCUGUACGACCAGUGGCGGGUUUGGCUGCAGAAAUCACACAAGACUCGCAACCAGACUCUCCCAGCAGAUAACUCCAAGGAGAGACACUCCUCCCAACAGAUGGGCCUCGUGAACGUAGGAGAAAGUUCUUGGUGGCUACAAAGCAUAACGUUAACUCAGAACGUUGGAAACAGCCCCCGGCGAAGGCUGCCCAGUCAACUCCAAAACCCCUGGGACCGUCUGCACGUUAGAUUAGAGACGAGCUCUCCCUUUAUUAGAGGCGUGAGGGUUUCUGCAGCGUCUGUGUGACUUUGUUGUCGAUUAGAUUUCUUAGAUGUGACGCUGGAGAUAGUAUGUUUGGUGGAGGGCAUUAGGGACACGGUCUCAGUGGGAAGAAGGUUCUAGAACUGCAUUUUGUCCGCAGUGACCUGGCCUUGACAGGCCAUUGAUUCCCCCUGUCCUGUCCCACUGUAAAGAUUUCUGCUGUAAAAUCCUGUAGAAUCAGUGCACGGAGGGUAUUAACACAAAUAAAAUGUAAAGGAUGAUUGUGGGGCUGAAAUGACCUCUUAACGAUUUUGGGGACAAUUAUUUUCUUUGUCAAGAAAAUAGGAACAUUAAAGCACAACAAGUACAGAUCGUCAAAGA